AUGUACAGACAGGUAUUGGUGGAUCCGUCGCAAACUCACUUGCAAAGCAUUUUGUGGUGGGAGGAUCCUACGGAGGAAGCUAAGACAUACGAGCUACUCACUCUCACCUAUGGUACGUCUUCCGCGUCUUAUUUGGCCACUAGAUGCCUCGUCUACCUGACUGAUCAGCUGUCGUCAAAAUAUCCAGUGGGCGCAAAGCACGUGGCGCGUGACUUCUACGUUGACGAUAUGCUGACGGGGGCGGACUCCGUCGAGGACGCGGCUGUGAUUCGAGACGAAGUAAUUGAGUUAUUACGGGAAGGGGGUUUUGAGCUCUAUAAAUGGGCUUCUAACUCUUCCGAGCUCAUUCAAGGAGUAGCUACGCGAAACGAUGAAUUAAUCACACUUAGUGACAACCCCGAGUUCUGCAUUCUCGGCAUGCAAUGGAAUCGCGUUGAAGACACGUUCCAUUUUCGUUACGAGGCUCCACCAGUUUGUAAGGUAUCCAAGCGCAACAUAGUCUCCGAAGUCGCCAAGCUGUACGACCCGUUAGGCCUAUUGGGCUCAGUCAUCGUUAACGCGAGACUUAUCGUUCAGGAUCUGUGGCAAUCGGGCGUGCAAUGGGACGAAUCUGUUACCCCAGACAUUCAAACGCGUUGGUCUGCAUUCAAGUGCCAGUUGAGCGCGUUAAAUCAAUUAAGAGUUCCGCGGUCUGUUGGUUUCGGACGCGCGGCUAGUGCAAAUACACGGCUUCUGCGACGCAAGUCAACGGGCGUAUGGGGCCUGUGUCUACUUGCGCACACAUCUCGGAAAUCGCGAGUAUCGUGUGGAACUGAUGUGUUCCCGAUCGAGAGUCGCACCGCUCAAAGCGAUAACUCUCCCGCGACUCGAACUAUGCGCAGCUUUAUUAUUGGCUCGCCUCAUCUCAAAGAUCAAUGA